UAGGCAAAUCAAAACACUGGCUGCAGAGGCGCACAAGCAGCGAGGAGACGCAGGGGAGCGGAGGCACAGCAGCUUUGCACCACUUUUAGUAAGACUCUUAUUUAGUGUAAAAGCUUCAUUUGGAGCUCCGCGGCACCCGGCUGCCUCGCACUGUGAAGCCAAACAUGAAGAGAAAGCGUAUUAAUCUGAGGAGGAUUUAGCUGAAAGUCCGGAAUCACCCGCAAAUCAAAGUGGUGGCGAAGACACGCGGAGGAGUGGGAGGAAUAACGCAACUCAGAGUUAUUUAUUUGGAUAAUGCCGAGGAGCCAGUUUCUGCUUCGGAUUUACGCCCAAAACAAGUCUGAAGCCAGAGGAUGACAGCAACCAGCCCUGCCUGCAGCCCCGCUUCCUCCCACUCUACCCAGUCAUCACGCGUUUGCCUCCCAGAAUGCCACAGACACUUCAGGAAAGGCAGUGCUCUCCAAACCAAACUGCACCUGCGCUCUGCCCCAGGUGUGUGGUUAAUGCUGGGCGUAGUGGUGGUUUUGGUGGGGAUGGGUGUUGCUGUGGCGGGCUACGUAUCCGCAGCACCGAAGCCUGUGGGCGGCCGAGGCAGCACACAUGUUGACAGGAUGAAGCUGGCCGGACCCGUGGUCAUGGGAGUGGGUUUGUUCAUCUUCAUCUGCGCCGCCACGCUGCUGUACGAGAACCGGGACCUGGAGGUCCUCAGACGAGACACACCUGACGACCUUGAGGAUCUGAAAGGAGGAAGCGGCUGGGAGGACUCGCAGGAGCAGCCCAGCUUCAGCUGUCAGGAGCAGUGGGAAUGUAAAGACGGAGAGCAGGGAUGCUGGGCCACUUCGGCCCACACACUCCCCCUCUCAAACCAGAACUGUGCUCCUCCUCCUCUUCCUCUUCCUUCUCCUCGCAGGGACAGACACAGCGUCAGCAGUAGACCAUCACCAGUGCCUCCCUCGGAUGCAGGAGGUGGAGAUAAAGAUGAGCCUAAGGAGGAGGACAAGGAGGGAAGAUCAACCCUGCUGGCCCGAGUUCUGCACCACCAGGAGCCGACUCCUCAGCCUCCCUCCCCCUGCCCGUCCAUUUCGCAUUCCUCCGUCUACUCAGACUCUUGCAACUCUAGCGAAGUCAACUUCAACAUAAGGACAGUCUCUCCCCUGCCACCUCAACAAUGAACCCCCCCCCCCCCCAGGCCGGUUCACCCUCGACUGUCUCAUAAAAUAUGCAUGAUGAGAUACAUUUGAACGUUUCACGUGCAGACGCACUCUAAAGAGUAUGCAUUCCUCAAUAAACAGAUGAAAUGUUUGUUGGUAUGUUUUAGUGCCUCCGAGUGGCGCAGUGGCUCUGAGUCACUGUCUGUGAAGGGUGUUUUUGUCCUACAUCGCUCUCUGACUCACCCGCGUUUGAAAGAUUGAAGCUAUGCUGUUUGAUGUCAACUCACCAACUUGUUGUCUUUGAACUCACCCAUGCCCCGAAUCCCAAAAGCCACUGCUUCUUUUACCAUAUUAGGACGUAAGGAGGACUGCUGAAAACUUCUUGGGGUGCCAUAAUGGGAGAAGGACACACUCACUCUCUCUCUUCCACUUUCCCUCUCUCUCUCUCUCUCAGUAACACACACGCACACACAUCCUCUCCACAGAGACCCACAGCAGAUAUGUUUCCUUGCUGGAGAGGUUUGGUUAAGAGGAUGAGCCAGAUCCAGAUUAGGCCUCAAAUGAGUCUUUAUCUAAUCUUACACAUAGUGCAAUCUACUCUUUAUCAGAGGAAAUUCUGUCUCGGUGUAAACAACACAAGCACCUAAGGCCACACUCCACUCACUCGCCACCUACAGUCACGCUAUAAAUACCAGCUGGUGUUCUGUACAAAUGUAAGAGAGGACUAUUUUUUUUUUUCAAAACUGUAAUUCAAAUUUUUUUCUUAAAUUCACAGUGUCAGAUGCUCAGUUUUCUCCCUUUUCUCAAGUGCGGUAAGGUGAGAUCUUAAAGAAUUUCAGUCAGAUGGUGGAUACAAAGAAAAGAGCAAAGACUCUGGCGAGGCUGUUAUGAGUUAUUCCUGACGCAGCUUAACUGAGAAAAGCGGUCCUGUGAGUCGCGUAACUGGAGCCUCGCUCUCCCACCAUGCCGACCUUUCAUCUCCUCUCACUUCAUCAUUUGAUUCCUACGCUUUAUUCAAAUACUCCUCAUCCUCCGUCUCAAUCCUUGUCUCCUGCAAAACAGCCAAAAUAGAGAAAACAGAGCAAAACAAUGUAGAGUAAAACAUUAUCGGUUCCAAUUAAGCGUGUUUGAACAGGCGGAGAGCUAAGGGGGUAGGAUUUUAAUUAUCGCCAGCAUUUUCUCCUCCAGCCUCUAAUUACACAGGGGAUCAGUCUGAAGGUUUUUAUAGGUGCUUUAGGACCGCAGAGUAUUUCCUUGUUGUUUGGGCCCAUGCUGGGAUCCUGCUAUCCAGAUGAGACUGAGACUGAAGUGUACAGUAAUUUGCAGCCACAUAUUUCACUCACUGAAAACAGCACCCAUCUCUCACUCACAUAUACACGCACGCACUCAGCACAGGGUUUUGUGUAGGUUCGGUAUGCUGUUUUAAGAUGCUGGAUGUAUCUUUAAGCAGCAGGGAUGAGAUGGUGAGAUGUGCCUGAAUCUUGCAGCGAGCUGCAAGCAGCCUCCUUCUCGCUCAGAAAGGCAGCUCUCUUCACACUCUGACACAUACAUGAGUCCUUCUCGGUGUGAGAUGCUCUGAUGUGUUUACAUUUAGAGGGGAAGAUGCUGGAUUGUAGAGCUGCAGCCUAAAAUUGUUUUCAUUAAUCUGUAGCUUAGGUUGCCAGUUUAUUGAGUACAAGUAAACCAAACUAAUGCAGUCUUAAUACAGCAGUCCUGCAAUAAUAUCUGACCUCAUGAAGGUUAUAAUGUUUUAGAGGUGUUUUUCAACAUUGUGUUUGUUUUGGAGGGUGAACUGGGAAGUGCUGUUUAAUUGUACUUUGUCCAUCUCAUUAAAUGAGGUCAGGCUAAAAAAUGCAAACCCCACUGUUUGUAUUAUGCAAUACAGUUCAACUGCACCAUGCGGCUACCUCCUGCAAAAUAUGACAAAGUUGUCAAAAAAAACUAAAAAAUGCCAUCAUCAGUAUUUAAAUUGCGUCAAAGUGUUUAUUCUUUCCAAACAACACUCCAAAACUCAAAGAUACUGAGUUUAAUCUCAGACAAGACAAAGGAAAGCAAGACAUUUUCAGAUCUGACAAGCUGAAACCAGCAAAUGCAUGACUGAAGUGAUUAACUAAGUUUCAGUUUCAGCUCUGCUAGUAGCAGGAAUAACUUUGUCCAUCUCUUCAUACAUGUGUUGCAUAUCAAUGUGGCUAUCACAGCAGUUUGUGAAACAGCAACAAAAUGUGAUCAAUCAGUGACUUUGUGUAGACAAGCAUGAAUUGUCAGUUGUCUUCAUAACAGCAUGACAGAGUUAAAAAUGGAAAAUUCAUGUCCGUGUACGCAAAUCCUAAAGAUAUUGUAAAUAUUGCCAGUAUUUCAUGGACUGAUUCUUAAUUAUAAUCUUGAAUCACAACCUUCCCUUGACCUUUUCCAAAGUGAAUCCUCUAGACGACAGCUCAUGACAGAUUCGUGAAUACAUUUCCUAACAUUAACCAAAGCGCUUUUUGAUUCCGCAUGCUUCAUGAAUGUAGCUUCAUUCAGUCAAAGAAAUGUGGCGCAGGCACAAAAGACAGUCGUGGAGCUGACAUCCAGGUACACAAAUUGUAUGGAUUACAUUAGGUGGCUGCUGGACAAACUGCCGUGAUACUUUGUAAUGUGUUAUGUGCUGUUACAUAAUUCAGCAACAGAAGUUUUUUGCUGCAUUGAGAAUAUAACUGAAUCACAUUCCCUCCUCUGUGAGAUUAGUGUGUGUGUGUGUGUGUGUGUGUGUGUGUUGAUACAUAUCUGAGCAGACACAGGAGGCUGUAAGCUGCUUAACCAUGCGCUGACUCAGGACACAUGCAAUUUCUGUUUUCCUUAAGAGAGAGAAGAGCUACGAUCAACAUUUUUUGAUAUAAAAAGAUGCGAGCGACUAAGGAUCAACCAGCCAGAAGAUGCCAUUUUAAAAAACAUUGGGCUUUUUUUUUUUUAUUUGUUUGUUUUUUUUUAAAUGAAAGACUUCACCAGUAACAGCAGGAAAAAGGGAUUCGGUUAAGACAUCUUUGUAAUAAAUGAGAAGCAUGAGCUAGAUGGAAAAAUGCUUCCUCCCAUUUUUGUCUACAUCUGGUAUUCACUAUUUCAUCAAAGCAGAGGGAUGAGUUACCAGCUUGGUUUUAUUUGUAAAAUUCUCACUGUGUCCUCUGUUAAAAAUGCUAAUAAACCAAAUGACAUUU